GUUUUAACUGUUGUGAGAAAUGAAAUUGCUUUUAGUAUUCGCUUUGGCCUUAGCCACCACUUCGGCCGACUUAUUGUCACGAAAUGUUGUCCACCAACGAGACUUGACAUUUACACCACUUAUUGAUGGACGUAUUACUAAUGGUAAGGAUGCAGUUGAAGGUCAAUUUCCUUAUCAAGUUGGUGCUAGCUUCUCAAGCAGUAAAGGAUCUUGGUGGUGUGGUGGUUCUAUAAUUGACAACGAAUGGGUUGUCACUGCAGCUCAUUGCACCAGCGGAGCUACUUCAGUGACUCUUUACUUUGGAGGUGUUGUACGUACCAGUCCUGAGCUUAAGGUCACAGUCAGCAGUUCAAACUUUAUUCAACACAGCAGUUACAACUCUAUUACAAUCAGGAACGACAUUUCUCUUAUCAAAAUUCCAAGUUUGAGCUUUAAUAAGAAUAUCAACAAAGUUAAUUUACCAAAGAAGGCUUCAUCUUACUCAACUUAUGCUGGUGAUGUAGCUAUUGCAUCUGGCUGGGGAUUAAUUAGCGAUUCUGCAACCGCUGUUCAUUCCAAAUUGCAGUAUACUCCAUUGGAAGUUAUUACAAACGCUGAAUGCAGUGCAGUCUUUGGUAAAUUGCUUGUUUAUUCAAGUACUAUUUGUGUUGCCACACCAGCCGGUACCUCAACUUGCCAAGGUGAUUCCGGUGGCCCAUUGGUUUAUGGCAAUGAUUUGAUUGGUAUUACUUCAUACGGCUCAUCUGCCGGUUGCGAAUCUGGUUCACCAGCUGCCUUUACUCGUGUCACAAGCUACUUGGACUGGAUCAGUGCAAAUGCUGGAAUCUAAAAACUUUUAAUUAA